CGCGAUCACUUUGGUCACGGAGGCCACGAAAUUCGAUAGAAAAGAUUGAAGCUUCCGACGGUCAAGAGGCCGGCGAUCGGAUUCUCCAAAUUCAGUCUGAUAACGCAGCUCGGCUCGCGAACAACGCUCUCCUCCGGAUACCGGAUAUAUAACCCGUAUUUUCUCAUAACACUUCGAUCUCGCCAUGAAAACUAAAUCAGCAACGGUGUGCGGUGUCGGUGUUGUGAUUACACUUGUAUCGUUGCUCUGUGCCACGCCCACUGACGCCCAGUUCAAUCAGCCGCGCAGGCAAGUUCGCCAGAACUGCGUCACACCCGAGAACUACUAUGGGAGUUGUGUGGGACUGAGCUACUGCCCCCAAGUUGUGAACGUCUUCCAGAGCACCAGUCCGGAACGGGCCCAGCGCUAUGUGAUUGCCUUGCAGCGCGCCUGUGGCACCCGCAGCUUCAACGGGGAUCCGGUGGUAUGCUGUACGGCCCCCCGAAAUAACCAGUUCACAGAGCGACCGCCGCCUGUGAAUACCUUUUUUCCUACAGAGUCGACAUUUGUUAAUCCACGGCCGCCUCCGCCGGUCCCCAAUGAGCCAAGUAAUCCAUUUCUACCAAACUUUUUCACCCAACCCACAACAACAACGACGACGACGACAACAACAACCCCAGCCCCAGUUCCGGUUAGCACAGCAGCCUCUCUGGUGGAUUUCCGAGGACCCACAUGUCGGGGACCGGAUACCAAGCCCGGAAAUUGUAUUGAUUUGAAGAGCUGCCCAUCGCUUGUGAGUCAGCUGUACGAGAGGCAGCAUGACGAAGAGUUUGCCAAGUUCCUGCGGGCAUCCAGAGCGAUUUGCGGAAACCAGGGCACCAACGUCUGCUGUCCCAAUGGACAGACAGCCACCACUCCGCCUCAAGUUUUGCCCAAAAAUACGGACGAGAUUCCACGACGUUUGCCCAACGUUGAUGAGGGAUGUGGUUCCACCGUCGGAUAUUACAAGAAGAUCGUGGGCGGCGAGGUGAGCCGUAAGGGUGCCUGGCCCUGGAUAGUCUUGCUGGGCUACGAUGAUCCUUCCGGAUCGCCCUUCAAGUGCGGCGGAACUUUGAUCACGGCCAGGCAUGUCCUUACGGCAGCUCAUUGCAUCCGUGACGAUUUACUUUUUGUUCGCCUGGGAGAGCACGACUUGUCCACGGAUACAGAAACGAAGCAUGUGGAUAUUAAUGUGGCAAAGUAUGUUGCCCAUUCUGCCUACAAUCGAAGAAACGGACGCAGUGACAUCGCCAUCUUGUACCUGGAGCGAAAUGUGGAUUUCGGCAAGACCAUCGCCCCCAUCUGCCUGCCACACGCGCAAAACCUCCGUCAAAAAUCCUACAUCGGCUACAUGCCCUUCGUGGCCGGAUGGGGCAAGACCCAGGAGGGCGGCGAAUCUGCCACGGUACUCAAUGAACUACAGAUACCUAUUUACAGCAACGACGUAUGCGUCGACAAGUACAGGGAACAGAAACGCUACUUUAGCAACGAUCAGUUCGACCAAGCCGUGAUCUGUGCCGGAGUCCUGACCGGUGGCAAGGAUACCUGCCAGGGUGACUCUGGUGGUCCUUUAAUGAUACCAGAACAGUAUCAGGGCCAGAACAGGUUCUAUCUGAUCGGUGUGGUGUCGUACGGUAUCGGCUGUGCCCGGCCCAAUGUUCCGGGUGUCUACACCAGCACACAGUACUUCAUGGACUGGAUCAUAGCCCAGGUCCAGGACACGCCUUAAGAUGCCGUUGCCAUCUAUGCCAUAAGCUUCCACUAAGCCGUCUUAGUGUACACAUCUUGUCAGAAUUGUUAAAACUAAGCUUAAGUUGCCUACUGCUCAGAAAUGUAAACAAAUAUUUAUAAAAGGUUCAUAAAGGUUCAAUACAGGACUCUUCUUAAAUGUAAA